GAGAGAGAGAGAGAGAGAGAAAGAGAAACGACUAUAAGGUUACAAAAGUGAAUUUUGUGAAAGUUCAAGUGAAAGUUGAUUUUCACCCCUUGUUUUCAUUGUUUUUUGAUUGCAUAACUUUAAUUAAAUAAAACCUUCUUUUUUUUUUUUUUUUUUUUUUUUUUUUUAAACACCCCUUUGGACAAAUUUGAUGUCAAUAAUACAAUAAUUUAGCCCCACUGAUGAAGAAGUAGGGGUGUAUUACACAAAACAUGCUGGGAAACACUAAUAUAGCUCUAAAUUAAUGUCUACAAUGAUUUAAAUCCUUGUGAGACAAGCAAAUACGCGAACAACCUAAAAUGUUCUUCUUUGCUCUUUCUGUUUUCAAAAUUACACAAAACAGGAAGACAAGCAGGAAGUGGUAAAACAGAUCAUCUAUGCAAUCAAGACAAUGCUAGAUAGUUUUGAAGGAGACACACUGAAAAUAUCUGUAGGUUAAGUACGUAGAAUUAUUUUAGACUAAACGUGGGACUAGAUAAGAUAAAGGGUGAGAUGAGAAUGUGUGAGAUUUCCAAUGUAUGGUCAACAAGUUGAGAGGUUGGCGACCUUACAGCUGCGCAGUCAUCACCGUCUUUUACCAUGACAAGAUCAGGUGCCAUCAAACUCAGCAUUGUCUUCUUUCUCACCUUCAUCUUGUGCCUACCAGAGUUUUUUCCAAACACAUCACAAAUUCAGUUUCUCUGUGAGCCUUUUGACCCUUGCACACCCAAAAAUGAUGCACAAGUAUGUGGUCAAGCUGACCCUCCAUGUGCAACAGAACUUACAAAUUCCAGCAGUCAACACAGACAUGAUGAAGGAUGGUAUCUGUGUAAGGCUGAAAUGGAUUUGUGGCUUCUCCACAACAAUACCUCACCGUCAGGAGAGGAUGUGAUGGUGGUUCUGACAAUGAAGGCAGGCAAUCUCUCUGAAUGGAUCAUUAGUGUAUUUGCGUUUCUCAACAACACAGAUCUAUACACUGGACCCCAAAAUGAUCAGAGACUAUUCUACUGCUACCUCCCACCAGACAACAGCACAUGUCCAGAUCUGAACAUGUCCACAGAAGAACGUACACAAGAAAACCCCAGUCCUCCAAUACAAAACGCCUCCAUUUUAAAAAACACUUCUUCUGCCAAACCAAUUACCCCUUCGCUCAAAACAACUACAAUAUCUUUCCAAGUAACAGCUUCUGUACUUGAGCUAAAGUGCCAAACAGCUAGCAGCAGUUUCCUCUUUUACUACCAGGAGCACAAUGAAACAGCAAGAUCUGCUGCGUUACCAGUUACAAGAACAAAAAAAAAGGGAUGGUGUUUGAUCACUUCAGUGUGGUUGGCCAUGGUACUGACUGUGGUUGUGGUAACGCUAUUGAGUACGGGCUGCAUGAUUCUCAAGAGCAAAAAUAGAAAGUACCAAUUGUUCACACUUGUGCCGGUUUCAGCCAGUGGACAUCAGCUCAGCAACCAAACUGAAAAUUUGAGGAACAAUGUCCCUAAUGUGUCCAUAGCAAUGUGCAGCAUGAGUGAUGAUGAUGAUGUAUUCUCGGAGAUCUCUUCAGUUCAAAACAGAACAGAAGAAAAUCAGCUCAAGGUAGCUGACCUUAUGUGCAAGAAAAGAUUGUCACCAAUCUUUGAGAUUACAGAGACCUUAUUAGAUGAAAACGAGGAAGAGGAGCAAUGUAAUGCCUCGGAAACAAAAGAAGAUUUUAAAAAAUCACAUCAGGUCCAACAUCUGGCAGCGCAGAGCAACUGUGAAACAUCAACUUACCUGCAUCAUCGAAGCUUUUCUUGUUCUGGCCAUGAAGGAGAUGGGGAGCUUUAACCCUUUAAAUCUACAAGAAACAGCAGAUGCACUUUAUAAAAUUGAAAGUUUAUUUAUUUAAAAACAUGACAGGGGCAGGUUAACUUUAACAAGACUUCUCCUGAGAACAACAUCACGUUAAAGGGGCUGUACAUGAAGUUAGCAUUUCUACAACUUCCGCCAGCCACUGAAAGGGUUAGUUCACCCAAAAAUGAAAAUUCUGUCAUUAAUUACUCACCCUUAUGUCGUUCCACACCCGUAAGACCUUCUUUCAUCUUCGAAACACAAAUUAAGAUAUUUUUCAUAAAAUCUGAUGGCUCAGUGAGGCCUGCAUUGCCAGUAAGACAAUUAACACUUUUAAGUGUUCGGAGCAUAUCAAACUGCCAAAGUCACGUGAUUUCAGUAAACGAGGCUACAUUACAUCAUAAGUGUUUUGAAAUUUCAAUGGUUCACCACUGGGAGGCGUGACUUUGGCAGUUUGAUACGUGCUAUGAAACACUGAUUUGAAACAAAAAAUUUGUAAAGCUUUGAAGCUUCAUGAAGCAGUGUUUUGAAAUCGCCCAUCACUAGAUAUUGUUGAAUAAAGGUUGAACCACUGUAGUCACAUGAACUGAUUUAAUAUGUCUUUAGUAGCUUUCUGGGCAUCUGAAAGUGUUAAUUGUCUUGCUGGCAAUGCAGGCCUCACUGAGCCAUCGGAUUUUAUGAAAAAUAUCUUAAUUUGUGUUCUGAAGAUGAACGAAGGUCUUACAGGUAUGGAACGACAUUAAAGUGAGUACUUAAUGACAGAAUUUUCAUUUUUGGGUAAACUAACCCUUGAAGUAGACUGCGAUCAGGCCAGCUUGAUAUUUACCUGUCAAGAAGAAGCAAAGCAAGCUCGCUUUUGGUGUUUUCAGGCUAUGUUCAUAUUAGAGAACCACACACACAAAAAAAAACCUUCAUUUUCAAUAGUGUAGGUGUGUUCACACCAUGUCGUAAUUACCUUAAUUACGAAAUUGUCACUUAUAAAAAAAAGCAUUAACUGGGACAGCCAGUUUGUACCAAGUGAUCCUGUCAGUUGCUCCAGUUUGUGAGACCAACUUAAACAAGAUAUGAAAUUUGUUUGGGGAAAUUUAAAUUUAAAAAACCCUCAAGCUAAAUUUCUGAUCAUGCAGAUUCCUUCUGAAAUUACUCGAUUCCGAUCGUAAAAAUUCGCCGAACAAUGAUAAACGUGACCACACUUUAAGCUAUUGUCAGGAGAUGAGAAAUGGUGAACAUUCACACCUUUUAUUCUGAAAGACAUGUCCUCACUUACGUACAUAGUGAAAUAACAUGACAACUGAAUAGCAGACAUUUUACUGGUCCUCACUAUCGUUAAAAAGGCUUAUAAAUUGGCCAAAUAUGAUUUUAUUUAAAUCUAUGGUUUUGCUCAUGUUUCUGUGAGGGUUAUGAUUGGGUUAGGAGAUAAAAAAUAUUAACAUGAUAUAAAAUCAAUGGAAGUCUAUGCAAUGUCCUCAGUAAUAUAGUGAAACAAAUGUGAGAGUGUGUUUAGAAGCUGCUCUUGUAGGAUCUUUCCGCAGAUCUGCAAAUGACUAAACAGGGUCUCAAUUCCAUUAUUUAUCUAAACCACAGGAAUAAUGAUAAUCACAAUGUGGCAUUAUGUUGCUCACACAGGCUCAAGAAUGUCUAUUUGCCCAAUGCUGAAAAAACUGAGGGAACAUUGCUAUGACUAGGCUGAAAACAUAAACCAUGUUGCUUGGUUCUCUAAUACAGAUUUAGCUAGCAGUAUGGUUACUACACUAUUGUGAUUUCUUAAUUACUGUAUAUAACACCAGUCUAAAGCUCUUGUGGCUAUUAAAACUAGUAUUUAUGUUUCCAUAAAGCACUUUUCAUCUUCACUUCCUUUCAAACUUUAAUCUUCACUUCAUCUUAAAAUAAAGUACGCUCUUUUUCAAUGAGUACCUAAUGUCUAAUGAACAACUUGUGAUGUACUGAGAACAGUGAGAACUGAACAUUUUCAAAAAAUAAAACAGUACUGUACUGAUCA